AUACAAACCCCACCGCCGUCACGCCCCCAAAAACGCCGCCGUUUCUUCCACACCUUCUCUCUCCUCCAAACAAAAUCAAACACACGUCUUUUCUAGGGUUUUGUUUUGUGCGCCGGUUUUCAAGUUCGCUUCGGAAAACUCGGUCACUCCUCUACGACGUCGUUUCCGGCGUAUAUUCUGUCGUCGGAUUACUGAGAAUGAAGAAGCGGAGGUAUUGUGACUUUGCGGGUCGGUCUUCGACUAACGACGGUGAGACGACGGAAGGAAACCGACUUUCGUACUCGCGUCGGGUUUCGGGUUCGGACCAAACCGAAAGAGAGUACUAUGAAGACGACGUCGAUUCAUAUAGGCAACCGUUGAAACCGUCGCAGACACAUUUGAGCGGCGGCUUGCGUCAAUGCGAAUCACUGUCGAUGAAGUUUCAGUGGAACAAUCUGCUGGCCCAGACCCCGAAUCCGGGUUCUAACCCGAGAAAGGUUCCGGGUCUGAACCGACCCGACUUGGAUUAUAGCAACCGGAGUGGUGGUUAUAGACUGGAUUAUGAAAUGGGUUAUGGCGGAAGGGGUUUGGGUGUGGACCAGAGAGAGCAGUAUGGGCAUUUUGAUCAUCGUGGGUUCACGUCGCCAUUGCCGAAAUCCCAUCUUGGUCUCCAAGAAAACGAGGAGGACCAUCGCCCAAUCCCAUAUGCGACUCUGGUGGAAGACGAGCCCAAGUUUACUUCUGGAACUGGGUAUUCAUCAAUGGAGGUUUUUCGCGGCGUUCGAGAUGAAUAUGACAGAAGCAGAGCAAUGGCUGAGUUGCCAAUAGGUCACACGCCUAGACAGAAUGAGUUGGUGGACUAUGGAGGUUCAUCAAUUGCUUUGAGUGAGGGUUUUCGCGGCGAAUUCAACAGAAGCAGAGAAAUGGGCCAUGGUGGAUAUUCUCAAGGUCAAACAGCGAGACACGAUGAGUUGGUAGACAAUGCAGGUGGUGCAUCAGAAGCUUUGAAUGAGGGUUUUCGCGGCAGAAGCAGAGCAACGGCUGAGGGGCCUGUUGGCAGCCAUGCUGGAUAUUCUCAAGGACUCACACCAAGACACUCACAUGGGAGUUCACCAAUUGCUUUGAAUGAGGGUUUUCGCGGUUCGGAUGAGUUUAACAAAAGCAGAGCAAUGGCUGAGGGGCCUAUUGGCCAUGGUGGAUAUUCUCAUGGUCAAACACCAAGAAGGAAUGAGUUGGUGCACCCCAGGUGGGCUCAGCAGAGUCCGAAAGAGGAAAUGGGUAGGGACUACAAGGUUCCUGGAAUGAAAAGAAAUGACAGUGGUGACAUGGAUGCCUUGUUCCUUCUUGACUUGCUCUAUAAAAAGAUGGCUACUGUUGGAGAAGACUCAAGGCCUCCAAGUCAUUUGACGCCAAGCGUUGUUGAUUCUGUUGUGUACAGGGUUGGUGGUAGCAAUGGCUCUGUUGGAGCAGGCACUCAUGAGAAUUGCCAGUUGGACCAAUAUCAUGAUUAUAUGGAACCAACAAAUGUUUUCCCCAACCAUCAAUCUACAAGUGAACCAUCAAUCCCCUGCUAUGAUGAAGUUUUGGGUUCUUCUAAUUCAAGAACAGAGGUGUGCCGGAACAAUGAAACCCAGGGCUUCAGAUUAGGAGUAGAUGUUGGUCAUGAAAGAGAGGUCGAGCCUUUAUCAUAUGAAGGUAACCUAGAGAGACUGGUUCUGCCUGAUGAAGAUCAAGGCUUGCUCGAGGCUUAUGGUGGUUGCCAACAGAGGUUGGCAGCAGCCGAAAGCCUGGCAUCCAUGACCCCUCUGGGAAGGUGGGCAUUGAGAAAAGUUGCCAUGAAGGAGCAACAAUCCGGCAAUCACUCAAAGUCUAAGUUCUUCCCUGAUUUGAACCCCUCUUGUAAUGUACAGAACUCGAGCUAUGAAGUUGACAUGCAGUUGACUACUACUGAGGAUAUGCAGCAGCAAUAUGCUGCUACCUGUGGAGAGGAUCACUGGAACAUGGAGCAAAAUGUGAUCUGUGGAGAUGGUCAAUGGAACAUUGACCAAGGUGUGACCCGUGCAGUGGAUCAAAGGAACACUGAACAAGGUUCCAUCGACCAAGGUGUGACCUGUGGAGUGGAUCAAAGGAACAUUGCACAAGGUGUGACCUCUGGAGAGGAUCAAUGUAACAUCCAUCGAGGUGUGAUCUCCGUAGGGGAUCAAUGGAACAAUGAUCAAGGUGUGACAACGUAUGGAGAGCAACAAUGGCGUAUGGAGAAUGGAGGGGAACAAUGGAACAAUGAUCAAGGCGUCACAACCUCUGGAGAGCAACAGUGGCGUAUGAACUAUGGAGAGGACCAAUGGAAUGCUGAGCAUAUCAACAACCUGAAUUCCGACAGUUUGUUACCGAAUUCUGAACUGCCAGCAUCUACGCAAGAGCAUUAUGGCGAACAAUCCAAAUCUGCUAGGAUACAUGUAAAGGAGCGUUUGGGACCUCCCAAAUUAUCAACUGGAAGCGUAAAAACGCGUUUGAGACCACCUAUGAAAUCACCUGGCAGUGUGAAGAUGCGUUUGGGGCCUUCUGCAAAUGAUCCUAAUAUCAACAUUUUAGGUUUCAAGCCUCGAGAACAAUACAAAUCUCGAAUAAGAAAAACAGAUGACUUCAGUGGAAGUAUUCAUCCUGAAGGGGAUGGAAUUCCAAAAGCUAAGACUGAUGCUGCCGCUGGGAGCAUUUAUCCUCAGGGGAGUGCUCUUCCACAAGUCAAGACGAAUGGUUUUAUUGGAAGCAUUCAUCCUCAAGGGGGUGGUCAUUCUAUAGUUAAGACAGAUGCUACUGGAAGCAUUCAUCCUCAAGGGAAUGGUAUUCCAAAUGUUAAGAAAGGUGAUUUUAAUGGAAGCAUUCGUCCUCAAGGGGGUAGUCUUUCAAAAGUUGAUGUGAGAGCUGCAAAGAAAGAACCGCCUGAAGACUCUAAGGAGUUUAAGCAGCUGGUAGAUGAUGCCUUCAUUAAGUUCAUUAACAUUUUGAUUGAGAACCCACCUCAAAGAAGGAAAAUCAUGGAAGGAAAAGGAGGAAAGUGUUGCGUGUGUGCCAGCAAUUCCAAAGAGUUUGUAGAAACGGCAACCUUAGCAAGGCAUGCCUUCUUGUCGCCAAAGGUUGGUUUCAAAGCAGAACACCUGGGCUUUCAUAAAGCACUUUGUGUGCUCUUGGGAUGGGACAGUACAGCAGUCUCAAACACUAGGUGGGUUCAGCGGAAUUUGCCAGAUGCAGAAACCUUGGCUCUGAAGGAGGACCUAGUUAUCUGGCCUCCUGUUGUUGUCAUACACAAUAGUUCUGUAGCAAAUAAAAAUCCUGAAGAUGAAAGGCUGACGGUAAAUGUUGAAGUUCUAGAGGCUAUUCUUACAAGUAUAGGAUUUGUUGGGAGGAAGACCAAUAUGUACUGUGGGAAACCUGCCGAUGGGAGUGUCAUGGUGGUGAAGUUUCAGCCUACAUUUUCUGGUUUGCAAGAAGCAGAAAGGCUUCACAAGCUGUUUGCUGAUAACAAACAUGGGAAGGCUGAAUGGCGGUAUAUCAAUUCUGUUGGCCUCAGCAACAGCAGCAAUGGAAAGCAAGACUUGGAGGCUGAUGAGGCAAAUUGUCUAUAUGGUUAUUUGGGAAAUGCAGACGAUUGGGAUGAACUUGACUUGGGAACCAAGAAGCACUUCGGGGUGAAGAGCAAGAAACAAAUCAAGGCUAUUGCAAAUGCUUCUCUAUGAAUGAUCAACAACAGUAACUCAUAUUAUAUUAUGUGUUACUUGAUGAAAAGCCCUUUUGUUACUCUAUGCAACUGUUGCACAUAAUCUAAGAUUGAGUUGAUUGAAUUUUGUAGAUUUCAAGAAUGUGGCUCAAGGAGUUUGAGCUGAGCUAGUAUUACUUGUGGUUAUUUUGGUUGAGGAUGUUAAUUACCACUAGAGA